ACUUUUUUUUUUCCUUUGCUUUUCCUACUCCAUCCAGGCAAACAGUCUGCUAUUAAAACUUGAAAUACUUCUAUAUAAAUCCACCAUUAUGUGUAGUUUACAUCUAACUUAGUGAGAAGGGAGAGAGGAAGGUAUCAAUAGUGGAAAGACAAUGGCUUCUGAAUGUCCAGGUAAGAGCUCAUGGCCGGAGCUUCUUGGGGCGAAUGGAAAAGCUGCUGCAGCUCUCAUAGAGAAAGAGAACAAACAUGUGAAUGCAAUUGUGUUGAAGGAAGGAACUCCAGUGACUAGGGACUUUAGGUGCGACAGGGUCUGGGUUUGGGUUAAUGAAUGUGGUGUGGUCGUUCGAGUUCCUAUUAUUACCUAGGGCUAUGCAGUUUUACUCUAUCUCCAAAUAAAUCAUGGAAUGAUUUCAAUUAUAAUGUAAUAAAAAUUUCCUUCAAUAUCUACGGAGGCUUGUAUUAAUAAUGUCAUCAAAUGAAUGAAUAUAGAUGAAUUAUUGCAAAU